GAAGUGUGGUUUCUUGGUUGUACACUUUUCAUUUUCGGCAGUCUUAUAGAAUUUGCAUUUGUAAACACUAUUUGGCGACGUAAACGCAAUGUGGAUGUGAAGAAAAUGAGUAGCAAGCAUAUACUUAAGUCAACAUUAUCGCCGCGCGCUUCACGUCGUCCCACAGGUCGUUCACGUUCAUUCUGUGUUGCGCCUGGUGCUAAUCAAGCAUCCAAUGACCCAACCGCAUUUAAUAAUUAUCUAACCGUACAUAAUAUACCAAUACAUACCAUACAUGAGAAUGAAGCAUUGGAUAACAUAUCGAAAAUUACGAGUUUCAGUGGCACUACAACAAAUACUUGCGAUUCAAUGCCUUAUAGCAAACGUGAUCUAAUCAAUAUGGAAUCUGGAGAAGCAGGCCAAAAUAACGGUUGGACUACACUAACUCCUCAAGAAAUAUCCAUGUGGAUCGAUAAGAAGGCCCGUUGCUUAUUUCCGCUGGCUUUUCUUGCUUUCAACAUAUUCUUUUGGACGUUUGUCUAUGUGGUGUAAUGCGGCAGAGGUUGCAGAAUUCGUAGAAGAUGUAUUCAUUGGCGCUCAUUUGCAGGAGCGCACAUUGGUUGUCUGACAGACAAGUGAGUAGACAGCAUCCUUCAUCCUCAAACAUAUGUACAUACAUAAAUCCCUACGCCAACUAAGAUUUCCAACAAAUGCAUUCUCGCAUGCGCAGGCCAUAAUUCACAUUCACAUUCUAGUGAGGAAUGCCUUUUAACAAAUUAUGUAAAUUUUUCCACAAUCGUUUUGGCCAACUGAGCGUCAGUCAACACACA